AUGUUUUCCGGCUCGACGCAGGCGGUGCGCCGCUUCAGCCUGCUGCUGCUGGAGGAGGGGGAGCUGUAUGUGGAGGACUUUGUGGCCGCCGCCCGCUGGCCGCCUGCCGUGGCGGGCAACUGGCAGCGCCUGCCGCGCCUGGCGGGCCAGCUGCGCCUGUGCACCAAGUCUCUGUUCUUCGAACCGGACGAUGUGCGGGUUCCCAUCGUGAGGCUGCCUUUCCAGUACGUGGAGGGCAUGGAGGGGUCGGGGGAGCGACGCCUGCUGGUGGCCGCCACUCGCGUCAUCAAGAUGCGGGCUAAUGCCGCCGACGCGCCGUACGUCGUGGAGCGGGCGGGGCCGGGGGAGGCGCACCCGGCGGCGCUGCACUGGGAGUUUGAGCUGAGCUACACGCGGCUGGAGGGGGUGGUGCCGCUGGCGCAGCGCAUGAUGGUGGCGUCGCGCCUGCCGGCGGCGGAGCAGGAGGAGUUCCUGCAGGCCACCAUGGCGGCGGCCGAGGCUGGCCUGCGCUUCGACCUGGGCGGCCUGCGGUCCCCGGCGGAGCGCAUCGAGGCGGAGCUGCCCGCCACGCUGCUGAGCCAGGGGGCGCUGGUGAGGGAGCCGGGCAGGCUGCUCAUCACCCACCAGCGUCUCUACUUCCAGCCGCUGCACAACAUCGGCGGCGACGCGGCGGUGCGCUCGCACCCGCUGGCGGCGGUGGCGGCGGCGGCUCGGCGGCGCAGCGCGCUGCGGGACCUGGCACUGGAGGUGUUUUUUGCCGAGGAGGGGCAGGCCCAGCAGCAGCAGCUGGCCACCCAGCCCUUCUGGGGCGGCGCCUCCGCCCUGUUUGCCUUUGCCAGCCGCGAGGAGCGGGAGCGGGCGGUGGCGGCGCUGACUGCGCAGGCGGCGCUGGGCACGGCGCUGCCGGGGGGCAAGCAAGCCGCCGCCGCCUGCACCGCCAUUCUAGAGGCCGACCCCUCCUGGCUCAGCCGCGUGACGGCCGCCUGGCAGCGCGGCCUGCUCUCCAACCUCGACUACCUGCUCUUCCUCAACCUCGCCUCGGGCAGGAGCUUCUCAGACCUGUCGCAGUAUCCCAUCUUCCCCUGGAUCCUGGCCGACUACUCCUCCCCCUCCCUGGACCUGGCUGACCCCGCCACCUUCCGAGACCUGUCCCGCCCCGUGGGGGCGCUCAACCCGCGGCGCCUGGCCAUGCUGCGCGAGCGCUACGCUGACAUGGCCGGCUUCUCGCCGGAGCCGCCCUUCCUGUACGGCUCCCACUACAGCACGCCCGGCUUCACCAUGUUCUGGCUGGUGCGCGCGGCGCCCGCCCACAUGCUGCGCCUGCAGAACGGCCGCUUCGACGCGCCCGACCGCCUGUUCUGCUCGGUGCGGGAUGCGUGGGAGGGGGUCACCUCCUCCAACCCCGCAGACGUCAAGGAGCUCAUUCCGGAGUUCUUCCUCAGGCACGACUUCCUGCUCAACCUGCGCGGCCUGGGCCUGGGCACGCGCCAGAGCGGGCGCCCCGUGGGCGACGUCGAGCUGCCGCCGUGGGCCGCCGACGCGCGCCACUUCCAGGCGGCGCACCGCGCCGCCCUGGAGGCCCCCUUUGUGUCGGCCAACCUGAACCACUGGGUGGACCUGGUGUUUGGGUUCAAGCAGCAGGGGGAGGCGGCGGUGGAGGCAGACAACGUGUUCCGCCACACGGCAUACGAAGGGGCGGUGGACAUCGAGGCGGUGGCCGACCGCACCGAGCGGCUGGCGCUGGAGACACAGAUCGCGGAGUUUGGGCAGUGCCCCCGCCAGCUGUUCCGCCAGAAGCACCCGCAACGACUGGUAUGCCCCGCGGCGGAGGUGCCGCCGCCUGGCGGCGCGGCGGCGCAGCCCGCGGCCGGCGCCAUGGGCGGCGGCAGCGGCCAGGCGCUGGCGCUCGUCUCCGCCAUCCUGGCGCUUGUGUCUGCCAGCCAGGGGCCUGGGGAGAGCCCACGGGUGGAGGUGCCGCCGCAGCUGGCGGAACUAGAUGUGCUCGCGGCACGGCUGCGGCAGCAGGCAGCAGACGCGGCUGCAGCGGCAGCUGCGGCAGCGGCCGUGGCAGCUGCGGAUGGCCCCGAUGCACCCGGGUCGGCAGCAGCCCAGCUUGCUGCCGGCAGCUCUGGCGGCAUGUCUGUGCGCUCAGAGAGCGGCAACUCGCUGAGCAAGCAGCCGGGCGCGCCGGCAGCAGCCGGUAGCCGCCUGCGGUCGCUGGGAGCGUGGGCUGCCGAGCGCAAGCAGGCGGUGGGGGAGCGGCUGGCAGGCUCCGUGGGCGCGGUGCGCGAGGCGGCAGCCGCCGCGCUGGCGGGCCCGCCGGCUGGCGGCGGCGCGGUUAGCGCCAGCGGCAGCAGCACCAGCAGGCUGCAGAGCCUGUUCGCUCGCAAGGGCUCUACCUCCGCCUCCAGCUCUACGGCUGAUGUGGCGGCGGCGGCAGCAGAUGGGCCAGCCGGCGCAGGCAGCCCGCAGCAGCAGGGCAGGUCGCCGCCUCAGUCGCCUGGGCUGGUCGGCAGCAUCGGCGACAGGCUAUCCUCUUUCACGCUGAAAGGCAAGCCGCCUGGCAGCCCUUUGCCCACUGAUGCGGGUUCCGCUGCAGCAGCGACCGAUGGCGGCGUGGGCGGCAGCACCCCUCGCCCGGCGGCUGCUGUCGCAGGGGCACCAGAAGCCGCGGCGGCCCUGGGCAGCCCGCUGUGGAAGUUCUCUGGCCGAGCCACCCGGCCCGCCCCGGGGCAGCAGCCUGGAUUAGCAGACGGCAGCAGCGACGAGGAGGUGGAGGCGGCAGCCCGGCAGCAGGAGCACCAGCCGCCGCAGUCUCCCCGGCCGGGGCCGCCCUGCGGCAGCCCUGCGACACCGCCCGGCCCCGCCAGCCCCGCCAGCCCCGCCGCCAGCCUGCUGGAGGCGCAGCGGCAGCGCAUGCUGCGCGCCGGGGCGGGCGGCGGCAGCGCGGCGGGCGGCGGCGGCAGCCCCGGUCGCCCCACCGGCUGGUGCGGUCCUGGGCUGCGUGACAGGCUGGUGCCCACGCGCGUGCUGGUGGCUGGCAGCGAGUCCAUCAACGGAUGCGCGCUGGCGGUGGUGGCGGGCGCGCAGCACGUCUACUCGGCCAGCCACAGCGGGCAGCUGCGGGUGCACCAGCUGUCCUCUGGGGAGCAGGCCCCCAGCGGCGUGUGGGCGCUGGCGGUGAGCCCGGAGGGCCACCUGGUGCUGGCAGGCACGGAGGAUGGGCUGGUGGCGGCCUGGGACCUGCGCCAGCGCCCCACCGCCCCGCUGUGGCGCCGCCAGCUGCUGGCCGACAACUAUGUGGGGGCCCUGGAGCUGUGCCCUGGCGGCGCCGUCCUGGUGGUGGCUGCCGCCGACGGCAGCCUGUCGCUGCUGGACAUGCGGCGGUCGGGCGCCGUGGCGGCCAGCGUGGCGCCCUCUGGCCUGCCGCUGCGCUGCUGCGCCACAGACGGCGUGGUGGCGCUGGCGGGGGACGAGGGCGGCGGCCUGCACAUCUGGCACAUCGGGCAGCAGCUGGGCCAGCAGGCGCCGCUGGCUGCGGGGGUCUGGACGCCGCCGCGGCCCGACGGCCUGCUGCCGCCGCUGGCGGCAGACCCGCCCUCCGCCAUCAACGCGCUGGCGGCGGCGCCGGGUGGCGGCGCCAGCGGCGGCGUGGAUGUGGUGACGGGGCACGAGGGCGGCCUGCUGCGCUGGUUCUCCACCUCUGCGGCCCCAUGA